UAAGGACCGAAAUUAAAGAAGUCCUGUACGCUUUUACGACUACUCUGUAACUGCCAGUGGUGUACAUUUCUCAGGUAUGGAAGUAUUCCAAAAAAAUGUCUAUCUACUUAGCAAAGAGGAAUCAAAGACAUUGACCCUAUCAGAAAUUGCAGAAUUGAGGAAAGGAAAACAGUACCAAAGUCGCGUGAAAUUUUUCCAAGACAUGAAGGAUGAUGAUGUGAGAAACUUGCUUGAAAACAAGUUCUCCCCUAUCUUGUCAAAUAAAAGGUUUUCGUGUGCAACACGAGACGGACAGACUAGCGCUCGAUUAAAUUUUCAUGGUGAACACCGUGUUUGGGAUGGACGAACGAUUAAAAGAAAAGUACAAGGCGGGUCGGCCUUGUAUUUAGUCCUGGAGGACGAGCCGGUCUUCAACUCGGUGUCACCUGCAAGAGGAACUCCUUCAUCUUUACAAGGUCAUUUGCCGUCCACCAGCUUCUACCACAACUCUAAAAAUGGCCAGACUGUGUCAUGGACACAAACACCUCAAUCCGCUACAACAGUCACAUCUUUGAAAACAACUAACUCAACAGAAAACGCUGUGGAAACGACACAAUGGGAACGCGAUAUGAAUACAAAUAAUCCUGGGUGGCUUGGUGAUAACCUAAACGCUCCCAACUCGCCAGGUAAUUCUGCUUUUCAUAUGUCAUGUCAUAACUCUUCGGCUUGGUGCGAUGUUGACAUCAGUAUUGAGAAUCUCACGGCCGCUGGAGCAGUUGAAACGUUAUCAGAGGCCUCAUUGUUGACCAAUGGAAAUCAAGAACAGAAUGAGUUGAUGGAGAAAGAUUGUUUGAUAAGCGACAAAAGUGAUUCUUCCGGACAAUCUGACAGCGGCAUCUCGUCUGAAGCGAGCGCAUGUCCUGCCCAAGCUCUCAACCGACCCAUAUCUCCACGAAGACAAAAUGCGAGAAUGAAACCCGCAGAGGGGCCUUUGCAGGGCGGAGGAUUAUUUCGUGCAGUUGUGGAUGAAGAGCUCCCUCGUUCAAUGGAAACAGGUUGGGCAAAAUUUGGCGAUAAGCCCGUGAAAGUAUGGGUAUCGAGAGAUGGUCUUUGUCUGUUUGGAGAGGAAAUUCCUCGUGGUGACGCGCCAGGACCUGUUACUGUUACAUUCGCUACACUGAACGGUGAGUGUAUGGCAAAGACGACUUCCACUUACAAAAAGUGUGAAAAUCCAAUGACCUGGCAGAUUACACACUUUAAACGAGCUCUUAAUGGAGUUGAGGAGUGUGUAAAGCGUCUCAGGAAUGUGGCUGACUCAUGUUAUGAAAGCAACAAAUUUGCAGAGGAAAAUCACCAUGAUUCAGGGGUAACACAAGUGGUGAAAGCCCAAUUAGGUGAGGAGGGUUAUUUUGGAGAUACAGAAAAAUCUGACACAGAGAGUGAAGAUUCUUAUCGUAUGGAUAAUAACGAAAACGAAAUAGAAGAAG